GGCUUGUGUAACCAGUCUAGGACUUGGGCAGGACUCACCGGAAGACUAGAGUGCGAUUGCGCAGGCUGUCCUUCGCAAAGCUCAGGGAAUUGUGAGUGGGCGUGGCCUGUCGUCUUGACAACGUGAGCGUUCCUGCUCUGCAGAGUUCACUUUUCCCUUGGCAAAGGUCCUGCAUCUCUCAUGGCUCCCAAAGCAAAAAAGGCUCCCAGUAAGAAAAAGAUGACCAAAGCUGAGCGACUACGGCUGUUGCAGGAGGAGGAGGAGAGACGCCUGAAGGAGGAAGAGGAGGCUCGACUGAAAUUUGAAAAAGAAGAACAGGAAAGGCUAGAAAUACAGCGGAUUGAGAGAGAAAAGUGGAAUCUGCUGGAAAAGAAAGACCUAGAAAGGAGAAGCCAAGAGUUUGAAGAGCUUGCUUUGCUCGAGGGCUGCUUUCCUGAAGCAGAGAAACAGAAGCGGGAAAUGCGAGCUCUGGCUCAGUGGAAGCACUACAUGGAGUGUGAUGGGAGCCCUGACCCUUGGGUUGCCCAGGAAAUGAACACAUUCAUUAGCCUGUGGGAAGAGGAGAAGAACGAGACCUUUGAGCAAGUGAUGGAGAAAAGUAAACUGGUGCUGUCUUUGAUUGAAAAGGUGAAGUUAAUUUUACUGGAAACUCCGUCAUAUGAGCUGGACCACAGGACUGUCCUGCAGCACCAAGGAUCAAUUCUGCGCCUGCAGGAGCUGCUCAGCCUGAAGAUCAACGUGGCCACAGAACUACUUCUUCGACAAGCUAGUAACUUAGCAGAUCUGGACACUGGGAAUAUGGAGAAAAUCAUCAAAGAUGAGAAUGUCACCCUGUAUGUGUGGGCAAACCUCAAAAAGAAUCCAAGGCACCGAAGUGUGAGAUUCUCAGAGACACAAAUUGGAUUUGAAAUCCCAAGGAUCCUAGCCACAAGCAAUGUCGCCCUUCGGCUUCUACACACGCGCUAUGACCACAUCACGCCCUUGUUCCCCACUGCAGUCACUGAGCAAAAACAGAGCCCCAUGGGAGCAGAGCAAUUCAGCGACGAGGGAAGUACAGAAAGGGCCAUGACUGAAGAAAAGCUCUUAACUGAAGAAAACGCUGCCAAGGAGGAUGAACAGCCCAAGACUGAACAAGAGAGAGAGCUCAACUUGGUCCAAGAGGAGAGCAAACCUGAAGUUACAGAGAGCAUUGUCUUACAAAGGACUUCUGACUCUGAGGGGGAGGAUUCCCAAACCACCCAACUUGAACUGGAGAUGAAGCUGCUGAGUGAAGCGGUCUUAGCAGCACAGCUGCGUCUGGUAGAGAAUAUUGUGGAAUUGCCAGAAGCCUUGGAAUCCUACAAGGUGGACUUGUGCCAUUUCUCACCCCUGGGCGGUGUGUACCACCUGGAUGUUCUGGAGCUGCCCCCUCAGUGCAAGCCAGUGAAGGGCUGGGUGCUAGUGGAGAUACUCCAGGAAGGACUACAGAAGUUUAUAUAUCCUCCAGAAACCACAGAAGAACCUGAUCCAGAAAUCACCUUCCCACCCAUAGAGGUCACACUGGAGAUCCACGAGAGUGUCAUCUUCUUUGAGCGCCCUAAGGUCAUCAGGUGGGAUAAUGAAGGUAAACUCUGGAGGUCAGACGGCAUCAGCAGUGUAUAUUACAACCGAGAAGACAGGCUCCUAACCUUCAGUAUGGAUACUUUGGGCCCUGUGACCUUGAUUCAGGACGCUCACGUCAACAUGCCUUACCAGUCCUGGGAGAUGAGUCCCUGUGGUACGGACAAAGUCCUUAUAAUGGUGAAGACGGUUUUCAUCGAGCUCCAGAUCUACAUCAAGGAAAACCUCUGCAUGUUGGCUUCAGUGAAACUGAGGGGCAAGGGAUGCGAGUUUCAUCUAAAAGGAAAAUGGAUGGCUCCUAUACCCUUCAUUCUGGCUUUGAAAGAGGCCGGGCUGAACAUCUUCCCUGCUGUAUACUCUCAUUUUUAUGUGGUCAUCAACAAUAAGAUACCCCAGGUGGAGCUGAAGGCCUAUCGGCAAAUGGCCCUGUUGAGCUCUGCCUUCUCGUUUGGCUGGAGCAAGUGGAACAUGGUCUGCAAUUCUACAAGAGUUGUGAUUCGGGUGAGGGAACAACUGUCAGAAGAAACAGAGCACCGUACCUGGUCACUCCUCAUGUUCAGUGGUGACAGAGCGCAGAUGCUCAAGAUGCAGGAAGGGAACGACAAGUUCUCGGAGGCCCUCAGGGAGGGCACCGAGUUCCACUCCACCUUGUACCACAUGAUGAAGGACUUCGCCUCCCCGGUGGCAAUGGAGAGAGUCAGGCGUUCGAACUGCCAGUUCAUUGACUCGGUGUGCUACAUGCUGCUGUCUAUCCGCGUCCUCAGCUAUUCCUAGCUAUUCCUAGCCCUCACAGUGUGUGUAAGCGCCGCGGACACUUAUACUGAGAGGAAUCAGGUAUCUUUCCAAUCAGCCACUAAAGUGACCCAAGAGCACCCGGCAUUCCAGCAGCACUGCACAAAGAUUUGAAUGGUCUUUAUUUGGAUACAUCUCAAUAAAGUUUGAUGCUUCUCACUC